GUGGAGCGGCUCCGCCCCUCCGGUUGAUCGCGCCGCUGCCCCGUUAAGUCUCCAUGAUUUGACAACAGCAGAAGUAGCCGAGGCCGUUUACCGCGGCGGGGAGGGAGCCGGGACGCGGCGGGACCUGGAUGUGCAGCGACCUGCCUGGCGCCGCUCAGACGGCGGACUGCUCCUCCGGACAGCAGCGGUGCGCGUCCUGUAGCUGAGCGGGAGGCGGCGCGUCUACUUGUGGCGUUGUUGUGGCCGCUGCUGCCGCCGCCGCCGCUGUUUUUCUGCACGGCUGGCGGAGAUGGAAAGUGCGCGGGCAGCAUUCAGGCCGGCGGAGAGCGGCUCUAACACGGGAGGUUCGUGGAAACCCAGCAGUACUGAGAUCAGCAAGCUGAAGAAGCCUGGAGGCCCGUCUGGAGCUUCUGGGGUGGACGACGGUGGGGGUGGUGGCGGUGUCAGUGGUGGUGGUGGCGGCGGCAUUGCAAGUGCCAGCGCCAGUAACAGUGGAAGUACCAGUAUCAGUACCAGUGCCAGUGGUGUGGAACCCAAACCCGAGAUCUCCCGCAUGGAUGCCCUGAAGGGUGGCCAGCGCUCUCCAUUAUCAGAGCCCAACAGAACCACCAUAAAAGCUGCCAAGAAUGGCCGAGUGACUCCAAGUACUGGUACAAGUACCAGUACUAGUACCAGUACCGGCUCCAGUUCAAGUUCCCUUCUGCUCAAAAGGCGGCGACUCAAGAGAAAUCUGUCCGCCGCUUCUGCUUCUGCCAAGCUGAGCUCAGCUGCUGUGCCCUCAUCAUCCUCCUCCUCGUCUUCCUCCUCAUCUUCAUCCUCCUCCUCCUUGCACACGCGCAGCCUGGACAGGAAGGCCCUGCUGAGGCACCGGCAGGCCGCAGUGGUCCAGCUCCAGGCCUCUGACCGGCAGUGGGUCCGAGCUGACCUCCACAGAGGUGCCAUACACGUUCACGACAGGUCGUGGGACCGCUCAAGCCCUCGGCCUGUUCUGUGCACUUUGGAGACCACGGCGGGCGAGAUCGCCCAGCGCCUUGGUCAAACCACCGGUGGCAAGGUAGGGUGUGUGGUUCGCGUUAUAGGAAGUGGGCGGCCUCUCGCGGAAGGCCCUGACUUGGCCCCGGCUCGGUUUGAGCACCUGAGGCCGGAAAGUGACAGACAAAAUGAUAGACAAAAUGACAGACUCAGACUUUUCUUGUUCGAGAAGGAUGAAGGAAGUGGACGUUCUGACGACUUCAGCCUUUACUCUCCUGAGGUGUCCAUCUCAGCCAGCCCCUUGACGCCGAACGGGAACAGCGAGGGGUCGGUGCAGAGCUUGGGGUCACGGCUGACCGAGCAUAGAGACUCUUUAAGCGACGAUAUGAUCCUGGGCACCGAUGCGUCUGUACUCAGCCCACCGUUUGAGGGCCCGGAUGCUUAUGGAAGCUCCUCAGACGAGCUGGAGCUUGAUGGCCCUGUACCUGGUGAUGGCCCAGGUGGCCACCAGGUGACCCAAGAGUCGUCUGUUAUAACAGACGGAACAGACAUGAACGGGAACAGGCUGGAGCCUCUGAGCCCGGCACCUGUCACACCUGGCUCUAAUCCGGGCUCUCCGGGUCACUCCCAGCACCUUUGUUUGCAGCCCGAGGCUCCGGAGAACCAGGAGGCCCAGGAGAACCAGGAGACCCAGGAGGCUGAGGGUCACGACACCUCGCCGGCGCUCUACGUGCAGCUUCAUGGCGAGGCAGCCCGGCGUCUGGCACGAGAUGAGAGGCCUCUGCAGAUCCAGAACGACUUCCUCUUCAAACUGGGAUUUAAGGACCCAUGGAGGGUGCAGGAAGAGGGCAUGAAUACAGAGCUGGGAUCACUGCUUCGCUUCUAUGCAGGAAAGCCUCACAACAUCGAGAGUUCGGAGCGAGUGCAGCUUUCAGGAACAUACAACGUCCGGAAAGGCAAACUGCAGCUACCCGUCAACCGCUGGAGCCGCCGGCAGGUCAUCCUGUGCGGAACCUGCCUGAUGGUGUCGUCUGUUAAAGCCAGCCACGUGGGCAAGAUGCACAUUCUGCCUCUCAUUGGGGGAAAGGUAGAGGAGGUGAAGAAACACAGCCACUGUUUGGCCUUCAGCUCAGCCGGGCCUCAGAGUCAGACGUACUACAUCAGCUUCGACAGCUUCACCGAGCACCUCCGCUGGCACCGUCACGCAGCAAAGAUGGUGUCUCAGAGGAUCAGUUCGGUGGACUUGUCGUACUGCAGUUUGGAGAAACUGCCUCCCAAUUUGCUCUACAGCCAAGACCUCACACACCUCAACCUCAAACACAACUUCCUCUCCGCAGACCACUCACUACAGCAGCUCCAGAGGUUCUCUCGGUUGCGGAGUCUGAACCUGUCUAAUAAUCAGCUGGGAGUUUUCCCUCUGGCUCUGAGCUCCAUCUCCACCCUCACUGAGCUGAACCUCAGCUGUAACUGCCUCAGCAGCCUCCACCCAAGCGUCGGACUCAUGAACAAUCUGCAGACGUUUCUCCUGGACGGGAACCUGCUGUCGUCUCUGCCGGCUGAGCUGGGCUCUCUGCAGAGGCUGGUGUACCUGGGUCUCUCCUUUAACGAGUUCAGCGAGGUGCCGCAGGUUCUGGAGCGGCUGCCCGCAGUGGAGAGGCUGUGUAUGGCCGGGAACAGACUGCAGACCCUCACUCUGCAGGCCUUCCGCCUGCUGCCCGUUAAAUACAUCGAUCUCCGACUGAAUCAGAUAUCCAGCAUCGUUCCAGAUGAGCCAGACUUCCUGCGUCACGUGACCCAGGUGGACGUGCGGGAUAACCGGCUGAGUGAGCUGGACGCCUCGCUCUUCCCCCGGCUGGAGGUUCUGCACUGCCAGAGGAACCGGAUCAGCUGCCUGCGGCUGCGGGGCUGCAUGCUCAAAGCCCUCCAUGCCUCUAAUAAUGAGCUCCGUGAACUGGAAGUGAGUCCAGCUGCCUCCAACCUCACCUACAUGGACGUCUCAAGGAAUCGUUUGGAGGCGCUGCCAGACUGGUUGAGUGACAGCAAGAAGCUGGAGGUGCUGGAUGUCAGUCACAACUGCAUCAGCGAACUACCCCCGUGGUUGUUCUGCAGUAGCAGUCUGAGGAAGGUCCUGGUGGGACAUAAUCGUCUGCAGCGUUUGCCUGAUCGAGUGGAGAGACCUGUGGUGGAGGUUCUGGACGUCCAGCAUAACCAGCUGGUGGAGCUGCCCUGUAACCUCUUCCUCAAAUCAGACAGUUUAAGGUGCCUAAAUGCCUCAGCCAAUAAGCUGGAGAGCCUGCCUCCCUCCAGCCUAUCAGAGGAGAGCAACAGUAUUCUACAGGAGCUCUACCUGACCAAUAACCACCUCACUGACAAGUGUGUACCUCUACUGACCGGACACACACACCUGAGGAUACUACACCUCGCUUACAACCACCUACAGACCUUUCCAGCCAGUAAAAUGGCGAAGCUGGAGGAGCUGGAGGAAGUGGACCUGAGUGGGAACAGGCUGAAAGCGGUUCCCACCACCAUCCUGAACUGCAGACGCAUGCACACACUCAUCGCUCACUCCAACGCCAUCGAGGUGUUCCCUGAGGUCAUGCAGCUCAUGGACAUGAAGUGUGUGGAUCUGAGCUGUAACGAGCUGAUGGAGAUCACUCUGCCCGAGAAUCUGCCUCCCAAACUGCAGGAGCUCGACCUCACCGGCAACCCACGACUCAACCUGGACCACAAAACGCUGGAACAGCUGAAUAAUAUCCGCUGUUUCCGGAUCGACCCGCCGCCGACGUCAUUCUCCGCCAGCGAGGCUGCAGGGGGGCCGGCGGUGUGGAGUCAUGGGUACACGGAGGCGUCUGGAGUGAAGAACAAGCUGUGUGUGGCGGCGUUGUCUGUAAGUAGUUUCUGUGGGAGUAGGGAAGCUCUGUACGGAGUGUUUGAUGGAGACAGGAACGUGGAGGUGCCUUACCUGCUCCAGUGCACCAUGAACGACAUACUGGCCGAGGAGCUGCACCGGACUAAGAGCGAGGAAGACUACAUGACCAACACCUUCCUCGUCAUGCAGAGGAAACUGGGCACCGCUGGGCAGAAGUUGGGCGGAUCGGCGGUGCUCUGUCACAUCCGGCACGACCCGACGGAUCCAGCAGGCUGCUUCACGCUAACCGCCGCCAACGUGGGCAAGUGCCAGGCAGUGCUGUGCCGUGACGGCAAGGCCCUGCCGCUGUCUCUGCUGCACAACAUCGGCCUGGAGGAGGAGUACAGCCGAGUCCGGCAGCACAAGGCCAUCAUCACUGAGGACAACAAAGUGAAUGGCGUGACUGACUCCACUCGCAUCAUGGGCUACUCCUUCCUGUACCCAGCCGUGCUCCCUCGGCCGUACGUCCACACGCUCCCCCUCACACCCCGAGACGAGUUCUUCAUCCUGGGCAGCCGUGGCCUGUUCGAAGCUCUAGACCCGGACGAAGCAGUGGAGGCGGUACGGAAGGUUCCGGACGCUCUGGCCGCCGCCAAGAAGCUGUGCACUCUGGCGCAGGCGUACGGCUGCACGGACAGCCUGAGCGCUGUGGUGGUGCAGCUCAGCGUGGCAGAAGACUGCUGUUGCUGCUGCUGUUCCUCAGCGGCUCCUCAGCCUCCCCCCAGCCCUGGUCCGGGUCUCUACCCGCCGUCGUCCUCGUCGGCUGGCGUGCCACCGUCCUCCUGCAGCGAGAUCAGCUCUGAGGUCAGCGCCUCGGAGAUGAGCUCGGAAGUUGGUUCCACCGCCUCCUCGGAUGAACCCCAGAUUCUGCUCCAGGAGGCUCAUCUCCACCUCCACCAGCAAGCCCACCAGCCCCUGCAGACCAACCUGAACAACCGCCUUCUCCCCUGCUGCUCGCUUCACCCGGCGUCCUCCAGCACGACAGCUGCCACCUCCUCUACGGUGGCUACGUCCAUCAUGGCAGCUGCCAGCUCCUUCCAGCGGCAGCUGUCAAGCGCCACCUUCUCCAGCGCCCUUUCCGACAAUGGCCUGGACAGCGAGGACGAGGAACCCAUCGCUGGGGUCUUCUCCAAUGGAAGUCGAGUGGAAGUAGAAGCAGAUAUCCACUGUCUGCACCUCCUGUCACCUCCACCUCCACCACCUCCUCCACCCUGCACCCCUGAGGCACCUGAAGACACUGGUCCUACUGAUCCAGCACCAGAAGCGCCAACUCCAACAACAGUGUCAGCGUCAACUCUUGCGUUAACGUCAACCAACGCUGAAGGAUCAAAUUCUCUAAAGCAGAACGAGAAACCAGGGACUACUCCUACUCCUGGGAUGACCAACGAGGUUCUCAACAAAACCCUGGCAGGGAAGAGGAGAGGGAACGGCUCGGUUGCGCCGCAGGAAAGGAGCCACAACUUGAUCGAAGUGGCAGCCGAGGCGCCUUCCAAAAAAACUGGUGGAUACUUCACGGCGCCGGCGCAACCGGACCCGGACGACCAGUUCAUUAUCCCACCUGAGUUGGAGGAGGAGGUGAAGGAGAUCAUGAAGCAGCAUCAGCAGGAGCAGCAAACCAGGCCCGCCAAGAGCGGCGACCAGCCGGCCGACUAUUACGACACGCCGCUCUAAUAAUUCAAUUAGAAAACAGAUACUCGAAACCAUCCCCAGUAUAGCAAGAGAGGGGUCAUCACUUUUGGUCCUGAAGGCUUAGAUAGAGUCCAGCACAGUUAUCUCCUGAUCCAGCUAACACAGUUUCCUAACAUCAUCUUAGCUCAAAGAAGGUUGAGUACUGGGCUUAAAUUAGGGCUAAAACUGGCUUAAACUGACUCAAAGCUGGGCCCAGGCAAUUCAUUGCCUGGUCAGUCCUGGGUUUCCCAAAAUCGUCUUAGCUCAAACAUGAUUUAUCUUAAGGCUGCGACUGAGUACUGGGCUAAAAUUAGGGCCAAAACAGGGCCAAAACUGCGCUGAUCCCAGGCACAGACAGUUAAAUGUCAAGUCAAUUCUGGCUUUCUCAAAAGCAUCUAAGCUCAAAGAUAAAGAGGUGAGCGAGUACUGGGCUAAAAUUGGGCCAAGAAUGGGCUAAAACUGGGCUAAAGCUGGGCCCAGACAGCUAAUUGUCCAGUCAGUCCUAGGUUUUCCAAAAGCAUCUUAGCUUAAACACAAUUGAAUGUGCUGGGCUAAAACUGGGCCGGAACUGGGCUAAAACUGGGCUCAGAAAGUUAAUUAUCAGGCCAGUUCUGGGUUUCUCAAAAGCAUUUUAGCUCAAAGGUGAUUGAUUGUGCCUAAAGGGGCGAAUGAGUACUAGUCUAAAACUGGGCCAAAACUGAACCAAAAAUCUGUGCUAAAACUGGGCCCAUACAGUUCAUUUUCAGGUCACUUUUAGGAUCCCCAAAAUCAUCUUAGCUUAAAGAUGAUUAAUUGGUCUUAGAGGGGCAAGAUAGUAUCACAAUGAACAAAGUCUUUCUCUAUUAGUUAUUAUAAUUAUAGCACUAAGCUGUUUCUAGGAAACUGGGCCAGAACUGGGCCAAAACUUGGCCCCAAUCAAUAAUUACCAGGCCAGUUGUUUGUUUAACAAAAGCAUCUUAGUUUAGAGAUGAUUUAUUGAGCUUAAAGGUCCGAGAGAGUAUCACAAUGAACACUUCUCUCUCUCUACUAGUGAUCAUAGUUAUUAUGAUCUUAACACAAUAACUACCAGGUCAGUUCUUUGUUUCCUAUAAGUAUCUUAGUCCAAAGACAAUCGAUUGAUCUUAAAGGAUCUAUACUAGUUAUCAUAAUCUUAGCACUAAGCUGUUUCUGAGAAACCGGGCCAAACCAGGCCAAAGCUGGGCCAAAAAUCAUUGAUAACCAGGUCCACCUGAGCAGGAACUCACCGAACUGUGCUGGACUCCAGCUUUCCAUGCUUAGAAAUAAGGGUAUCCUUAAGGGUUCUUUGUAGGAAUCUUAUAAAGGAUGGAGAACUAUUUUUGUUAAAGAGAUGUAUUAGAAAGUUUAUAAAGAUUACAGAAUCUCCAUAUACUGUAAGGAUUUAUUCCUAGAACUGCACAGCCAUGCCAAGAACCAAUCAGGAACCUUUAUUUUUAAGAGUACAGGACCAAAAGUCAUGAUACCUGAGCACCUAGACCAGCGAUCUGCAGUUUAUUUCUCUUGGAAGAGAAGGCAUCCUCAAUUCCCACCUGGAUCAGGCUGGAUCAGGUGUUUUAGGGAUUUAACAGUGUUAACCGUGGUGAAGUGUGAAGCACCUCUGCACUGUUUUCCUAGCUGUGGCCAACCUUACUGUGUGGAAGGUGAAUAGAGGAGAUGGUAAGGAGAUAAUAAGCUAAUUCAGGGGUGAGGAAGGGAGAAAUAUAAACCUGAAAUUGUGAAAAAACAGUGUGUGCAGGACUGGCUAUUGGACUGGCGUUUGGAAGCCUUUAUUAAAUAUGCCACAGUAUAGUGUCCACAGUAUUGGUUUCAGGGCUGGACAGUACAAAACUCCUUACGAUCUUCUGUUUUUCUUAUAAAGAGGAAUUCCACCAGUUUUUGGAAGCGUCUGCAUUUAAUUCAGUUAUCAAGAUAAAUAGGAAUGCACUGAAUAUUCAUAUUAUAAAUUGUAGUUUUGUAAUUGAAUUUUCCUAAAAAAAAACAAAACAAGACAAAAUAACACAUUUAGGCGGUUUAAUUGAUGCAGUGGACAAAUAUUCAUAGUUUCAGUUUCAGCAAAUAUAUUUAAUUUCGAUGCAUCCUUAUGAGAUAAGCUGUAGAAAUAACAAACUCAUGCAGAGUUGUUUGGUGUGAUAAACCUUGUCAAGCUAUAAUCGUGGGUUUUCGAAUAUUUCACUAAGUUGUUUUACAUUGUAUUACAAUAUUUAAAGACAUUUUCCCAUGCAGACAAACUGCACCAGUCACAGCAGAUUUUCAAAACUGUUCUCCAAAAAUCUUUGUCAUCUAAAGUCUGAUCAUUAGUAAAGUGAUAUAGUCAUUUUUUUUUUUUACUCCGUGUGCUAUGCUCUAAACGUUUUAGAUCAUGUACCACCCACAGUCUACGCAAAAAACUCAAAGUAUUGGCUGUAAAUUGGAUGUGCGGAUACUGAUGUUGAGGUAAAACACAAUGUAAAAUUCAAAUUACAAUAAAAAGGCUGCAAAAUGACAUAAGGAUAAAAAUGUGAUCAUUUUAAAGAUAAUGUUUUAAUCAGACAAUAACGAUUUAGCAUUAAAAAAAACAUUUAUUUGGUGGUGUACCAAAUAAACCUUGGGGUGCUUCACAAGGUUUAUACAGUUUUAAACACAUUUAAUGGCAACUUGACAGUAGAAGAAGGAACAAAUAUAUUAUCUUUAUAUUGCGGUCAUUGUAAAAGGAUUCAUUUCUAGUCAUUUUGGAGCUUCUUUUUUUGUGAGAAUGUAUUCAUUCAUAUUCAUUCCGAUUUUUUUUAUUUUUUUUUAUGACAUUUUGAUACAGUUCAUACAACUAGAACAACAGCCAGACAAGGUUUUUGUAUGACCUUUAGAUCAAAAUCUUAGCUCAAAGCUGGCAUUAUUCAGUGGCUCAUGCUUCAGGAAGCACAUUAUCAGCUUUAAAAGAAAACACCAGACAACUCUGAAUGAUUUUAUAUUUCAAUUUUUACAUUAUAACAGCGUUUAGCUGACGCUCUUGUCCAGAGAGACUUACAAGUUUGUUCCUGUUACAGUACUGGGCCAGUGUAGUGUUAGGAGUCUUACCCAAGGGCUCUUAUUGGUGUAGCACAGCUUUCAGUCACACAGAGUAGGAAUUGAACCCGAAUCUUCCACAUAGUAGCUCACUGGCAGGCGAGGGUGUUAUCCACUGCACUGGUGGAGUUUCUCUUCAUGAGAGUAACAUUUGAUGUAAUGUAACGGUUUAUUAGUAAUAAGUGAAAUCAGGUAUUUGGUAUUUUUGGUGUCCUGUAUUAGUGGCAGCCCUCCACACGUGAGACAUAUGAGACAUGAGACAUAUGAGCUCUCUCGCUUUAGGAAAUAAGGAAUUAAUGCGUAUUUAUAUGGAAUUAAUGCCACUUUAGACACUUUAUCGUGUCCUGGAUUAGCGCUGUCGCAGGAUAAAACAUGAAGAUGCUACAUUACGUUAAGCAGCCUGCGGUACUAAGCCCAUGUGAAGCUCAUGUGAAGCCCACAUGAGAAACAUCACCACGACGACCCGAGUUCCUUCAAGCCAGCCAGCCAAUGGGAACGCACAUCAGCCAAUCCCUUUAAGAGACUCCUCCUCCUCCUCCUCCUCCUGUUAUCUGAUCCUACCCUGCCCUGCACACUACUCUGUGCCACACCCUUUAAGAGCUGAAGCAGUUCACUACUGAUCUACUGAUGACUGUUUAGGGUUUAUUUACAUACCGAAAAAAAAAAAAAAAAAUCAGUGUCUCUCUAGAACUCAACAACACUAGUCUUGUUGCGAAAGUUAACAACGCAUUAUUAUUACCACACAACGAGAAUUCUGGAUUUUCUGAUUCUUUUUUUUAUUGCUAUUAUUAUUUUAAACUUACCAUAUCUUCUUUUUUUAUGUGAGGAAACGAAUGCUGCAAGAGACUUCUUAAAGAGAUGAUUUACGAAGAAAAAAAAAUAAAUAAGAAAAGCAAUGCUCUGAAUCGUUUUUUUGUUUUAGUUUUGUUUUAUUUUGUUUGAAAUGGAUGGUGAUGCGUAGUACACACCAGUAAUACCACGCUUAUCUGUUGUAGAUAGGGCACUUAUUAUGUAAGACUGUAUUUCUUCACUAAAUCAAGGCUUCGGGCCUGUAAACGUAGAAAUUUAGUAGUAAUUGGAAAGACUAACUCCUAGGAGUUGCUUACUCUUUUUAUGGUGACCUAGUCACUUUUUUACUAAUCUUCUCUGCGAGAAAUGGUGAUUUUUUUCGUUUUUGUUUUGUUUUUUUGUUUUUUUCGUUUCGUUUUUUCGUUUCGUUUUUUUUUUUCCAAUGAUUGUAAAUAAGAAAUAUUGUAUACGGAUGCUUUUUAAAGGAACUGUGUGUCUAUGACAAGCUUAUUCCUUCCUCAUACAUGCAAGAACACAUCUGUAUUCCGAUCAUUGACACGAAUAAACAGACAGACAAACAAACAAACAAAAACUAAUGGAGGACAUGAAAAUGAACUGCACAUUAUGCUCAGUCUUGUCGUCACUGUCCGGUUAACCACAAAUACACACACAGACACAGAUACACACAGGUAUACACAAACACACACGCACAGAUUAUACACAGAUCAUACUCCCUUUGUCACCAGCAUGACUGUCAAGUCCAGAAAUGCAAACAAAGUUUAUCUAUUAGGAAUUGUAAGCAAACCACACAGAAAGUUCCUGUUUUUGUUAUAAUAAAUCUUAAAUUUAUCAUUCUA